AUGGUGCAGAAGUAUCAAUCCCCUGUACGGGUGUAUAAACACCCUUUUGAGUUAAUUAUGGCUGCAUAUGAAAGAAGGUUUCCAACGUGUCCUCUGAUCCCUAUGUUUGUAGCCAGUGACACUGUAAAUGAAUACAAGAGCGAGGAUGAAGCUAUCCAUGUGAUAGAACGGCGUUGUAAGCUGGAUAUAGAUGCACCACGGCUGUUGAAAAAGAUUGCAGGAGUGGAUUAUGUCUACUUUGUCCAGAAGAAUUCUUUGAACAGACGAGAAAGGACUUUGCAUAUAGAAGCCUACAAUGAAACCUUCUCUAAUAGAGUCAUUAUUAAUGAGCACUGCUGUUACACAGUUCAUCCUGACAAUGAAGACUGGACCUGUUUUGAACAGUCAGCAAGUCUGGAUAUAAAAUCUUUUUUUGGUUUUGAAAGCACAGUGGAAAAGAUUGCCAUGAAGCAGUACACCAGCAAUAUUAAAAAGGGAAAAGAAAUAAUAGAAUACUACCUGAAGCAGCUGGAGGAAGAAGGAAUAACUUUUGUUCCUCGUUGGACUCCUCCUGUUGCAUGUAAAUUGGAGAGCAGCACAUCCCACAUAAGACGACCAGUUUCACCUGCUAUUAAUAUACCAGACUCUGCCACAAAGGAGGGUUUGAACAACAAGGAGAUCCUCAACACCUCAAGCAGCCCCUCGGAGCCCACAGCAGGAACUCCUGAUGACAAGCUAGAUGCAGAUUACAUCAAGAGGUAUCUGGGUGACUUGACACCAAUGCAGGAAAGCUGCCUCAUUCGGCUGAGGCAGUGGCUCCAGGAGACGCACAAAGGCAAAAUCCCAAAGGAUGAGCACAUUUUAAGAUUCCUGCGUGCCCGGGACUUCAACAUUGAUAAAGCAAGAGAGAUCCUUUGCCAGUCGUUGACAUGGCGUAAGCAGCACCAGGUAGACUAUAUUCUAGACACCUGGAACCCUCCUCAAGUACUCCAAGAUUACUACGCAGGAGGCUGGCACCACCAUGACAAAGAUGGUCGCCCGCUGUAUGUGCUAAGAUUGGGACAGAUGGAUACUAAAGGCUUAGUACGAGCUCUCGGGGAAGAGGCCUUGCUUCGAUAUGUUCUCUCAAUAAAUGAAGAAGGACUGAGGCGAUGUGAGGAGAAUACAAAAGUAUUUGGCAGGCCGAUAAGCUCUUGGACCUGUCUAGUAGAUCUGGAAGGCUUGAACAUGCGGCAUUUAUGGAGACCUGGUGUCAAAGCAUUGCUAAGAAUCAUUGAGGUGGUUGAAGCCAAUUACCCUGAGACUUUGGGUCGUCUUCUGAUCCUAAGAGCACCUCGAGUAUUCCCAGUUCUUUGGACACUGGUUAGUCCAUUCAUUGAUGACAACACCAGAAAGAAAUUCCUUAUUUAUGCUGGAAAUGACUACCAGGGACCUGGAGGACUGCUGGAUUACAUCGAUAAAGAAAUUAUCCCUGAUUUUCUUGGUGGAGAGUGCAUGUGCGAAGUACCCGAGGGUGGGCUGGUUCCCAAGUCACUCUACCGGACAGCAGAGGAGUUGGAAAAUGAAGACAUAAGGCUUUGGACUGAAACAAUCUACCAGUCUGCAAGUGUCUUCAAAGGAGCUCCGCAUGAGGUUCUCAUUCAGAUUGUGGAUGCCUCAUCUGUGAUCACAUGGGAUUUUGAUGUGUGCAAAGGUGACAUCGUUUUUAACAUCUUCCAUUCCAAAAGAGCCCCACAGCCUCCUAAAAAGGACUCUCUGGGAGCUCACAGUAUUACAUCUCCUGGUGGGAACAACGUCCAGUUGAUAGACAAAGUGUGGCAGUUGGGGCGUGAUUACAGCAUGGUGGAGUCUCCCCUUAUCUGCAAAGAAGGGGAGAGUGUGCAGGGAUCGCAUGUGACCAGGUGGCCUGGCUUCUAUAUUCUCCAGUGGAAAUUUCAUAGCAUGCCUGCCUGUGCUACAACCAACCUGCCUCGUGUGGAUGAUGUGCUAGCAUCUCUACAGGUCUCCUCUCACAAAUGUAAAGUGAUGUACUAUACAGAAGUAAUAGGAUCUGAAGAUUUCAGGGGAUCUAUGACCAGCCUUGAAUCAAGCCACAGUGGAUUCUCCCAGCUCAGUGCUGCCACCACCUCUUCCAGCCAGUCCCAUUCCAGCUCUAUGAUUUCCAGGUAGUGCCACAACAGAUGAAAAGCAAAUGGAUGAGAUGGCUGGACCCUCGCCUGUGGCAGCUGACUGCAAUACAGCAUAUUCAUCUGGCAAUUGUGCAAAAACCCCUACCCCACAAAAGCCUUUUAUAGAUAGUAACGUAGCUGUUUGAAUUUUAAACUUAGUGGUUUUGGUCCUUGUUAGAUACAACAGCUUGUCUCUUAACUUUAACCCUUUUUCCUAACUCAGCCAUAAAUAUUUUUGCAAGUGUGCUUGUACAGAUCCUAACUCUGAACACAAGGGCUCUCAUGAAAGGAAAUAUAACCAGUGUGUCAGUUAAGAAUAAUUUUUUUAACCGUGUAAAUGUUAAAGAGCAAAAAAAGAGAAAAAACCCUACCAAAAAUGCUCCGUAGUGCAUUAGAAAUCAACUGCAAGUCUCCUGUCAGGACAUUCCUUGCCAUCUUAAGAAAACCCCUGUGAUCUUCCAGUGCUGCAAACUGUUCUCCCUUUGCCACUAAGUGAUGUCCGAGACAAAAAGCAGUUGCUGGAUACUUGACUUUGUGAGUCCAUUUUUUUCAAAGCACGCCCACAGAGCU